UGGGUAGUGAAGCGGGGCGGACACGUGAGUGGCGGUGCUGGGCGGCGUGGGGUCGAGCCCGGCUUGGGGGAGGCUGGGAUGCACUGUGUCCAUGCAUUCACCCUGCAAAGUUUGCUCUGCUGCCAAGCACGUGGUUGCUCUGUUUCCUCCUCACCCAGUGCUGAGUGGUUCUACAGCAGCUCUAUAGGCUUUAUCUCCUGUAUGGGAGUAUAGUAUGCACGUAGUAUUGAGUGCUUGAGUCAGAUUGAAGGCAAGGAAAAAAAAGCAUGAUGGAAAAAGCAAACGGUGCUGCUUUACCCGUUUGGGAUUCUCACAAAAAGAAAAAGAAAAAAUACAAACGAUCCGACGUGGACCAUGAGGAUGGAAGCAUUCAGGAUACAGAGCUCAGCUGUGCUUCCCCGCAGCUCUCUGAAGAUCAUGCUGCGUGGAGCAGUGACGUCCCUAAAAAGAAGAAGAAGAAGAAGAAAAACAAGGGAGAGGAGCAGCAGCCUCUGGUAGAUCAUUCUAUUGCAGAACUGAAACAUGAAGAUGGUAGUGAAACUGUGAUGGAUGCUUCCCAAAAGAGAAAGAAAAAAAAGAAGCGGAAGCUCAGUGAGAGUCUGGAUAGUCACAGUGAUGACGUAGGCUCUGUCCCCGUAGAUCAGAACUGUGUUGAUAGUUGUCAGGAGAACGAUGCUGAUAAUGUGUGUUUUAAAAAGUCUGCGAAGAAGAGAAGAAAACAAACGUUGGCAGAAGAGGAUGGGGUAAGCGAGUCGCCUGCUUCAGAAACACACAGUAAAACUGGCAGUGAAAGGCUCAAAAAGAAGAAGAGAAAAGCAAGCAGUAGCCAGGAUACACAGGAGGACACCGAUGUAUCCUUUGAUCAGUCAUUUCCAACACAUCCACACCAAAAGAAGCGAGGGGAGGAUACGGAGUCACCAUCCACCACGCGUAAGGGUGGUGUGGCAGCAUCACAGUGUGGAGGCAGUGCCUGUGGUGCUUCUGCUGUCACUGAGGAUCCUAAGGAUGCACCCACUGAUUUCCCCAGUCCUGAAGAAGCUAAGAAGUCCAGAUGGGCUGCAAAGGUUGUAAAAAGCAGGGCUUACAUCACGGAAGACAGCUCUUCAGAUUCUGACGCAAUGACACCAAAAAACACAACAUCAAAUGAAAAGGAGGACCAGAAUAAUUCGUUUACUGAAACCAUGGAGGAGCUCAGUCCGGAGGAUGAAGAGUUCCUGCAGUCGUUGACAGUCUUGGAUUUAGAUACUGCAAAACAAGAAUUGGAGGAGUUUAUUCCUCAUGUGGGUCAAUUGUCCGACCAUUCAAUCAGAAAAAUGGCUGGAAGAGACCUAUUGAGAUUUAAACAGUUUAAAAAACAAGGUAUCCCUAUCAAGUUUGGCAGAUUUUCCCAGAAGGAAAAUAAUCAAAUCAGGAAAAAUGUUGAAGAAUUCUUAUCAAUUACUGGGAUAGACAGUGCAGAAAAGCUUUUGUUUACCUCGAGGUAUCCAGAAGAGAAAGAAGCUAUCAGUCGCCUAAAAAUAAAGCAUCUUUUUUGUGAAAAGCUUGCUGAGGGCAUACCACGAGCCUGGAGACUUAUAUAUUACCGAGCGAGGAAGAUAUUUGACCCAAAUAAUUACAAAGGGAGGUAUACUAAAGAAGAAAAAGAAAAAUUGAAGAAGUAUUAUGCUCUUCAUGGCAAUGACUGGAAGAAGAUUGCUGAGAUGAUGUCCCGUUCCAAUCUCUCCGUUGCCAGGAAAUACUCUGAAAUCAAGUCAUCGAUUAAUUAUGGCCGUUGGUCAAAGGAGGAGACCCAGAAGUUGAUGCGUGCGGUGGAGGAAGUGAUUGUAAGAAGAAUGGAACCGGAAAAUGCAAAUUCUCUUUCAUCGUCAAAAAAAUCACAUAGAAGUCUCCAGAUUGACCGUGAGAAACUCCUCCAGAAAUUACCAUGGACUGAGAUUGAAACUAAAGUGGGCACUAGGUAUUGGAGACAAUGUAAGCAGAAAUGGACUUCGAUUUUAACCAACAAGAUUACCAAAGGGCAGCAGUUAUACAAGGGGACCAAAGGAUUACAAGCCAGCAUCAACCUUAUUAAAAGGUUGUAUGAAAUGAAAGUGGAAGAUGCUAAUGAAAUAAACUGGGAAAAACUCAGUGAUAUUAUUGGAGACGUUCCUGGAAGCUACGUUCAAGCAAGAUUUUACAAGCUAAAAGUCUCCUAUGUUCCUUUUUGGCGAUCAAAGACUUUUUCUGAAAUCAUUGAUCAUCUUUUUGAAAAGACGCUGCCAGAAUUUGAACAAAAGUUGGAAAAGAGGAAAGGGAAACAGGAGAACUCUAGUGACUCGACAGGCAAUCCAAAGAAACAGGUUUUCCAACUCAGUGAAGUUUUCAACUCCAGUGAAGACAGCGACGACUGACUGCCUUAAAAACAAUUUAACUGAGUAUUUAACUGCCAAAGGGAUCUGCUGGAAAGGGGGUGCAGAUCAACAACUGCGGGUACAUGGGCUAUAAAAUAAUGGAAAAGCAAGAAUAUAAGCACAUCUGCUUUUAUGGAAGAUACAGCUUUUUUGUGCCACCUUUGGUUACCAUAAUUUAGCUUUGUUUUAAAAGUCCUUUUCUAAUUGCUACCAAAUUUCUUUCUGAAAGUUUCAAAAACAGAUAAUUUUUUUCUACUGCUUUAUUUUGUGGAAUUUGAAAUUUUACUCUGACCUUAACUCUAAAAUAUAAACAUAUCUUCAGGCAUGUGUGAUGAUGGAAGCAGCACAUCUGUGUGAUAUCAUGCUUUUUGUUGAAGAUUUAACCUAUUUUAGAGGAAAGGGAUUUUUCUCCAUUGUGGUCAUAAAUUGUACCAUCAUUUUAUGUAAAUCAGAAGGUAGCAUUAAAAUGUUUUUGUUAAUAUCCGGAAUAUGGAGAGAAAACAGACUGUGUGUAUGUAUAUACAUAUAUAUAUAUAUAUAUAUAUGCACAUAAAUAUUUUUCUAUUGCACCAAGGCGAGUUUUUACAUUUUGAUAUGAAAGAAGGAUAUAGUGGAGGUUGCACCUCGUAUUUGUAUGAUCUUUUAAUAAUUUGCCUAAAAGUUAUUUGUAAACCGACUCAGUGAAUGUAAUAGAAUUUUACUGUUAGUAUAAAGUAUUUGUAUGGUCUGUUUAUAUUUCAUAAAUGCUGUGUUAGAAGCAUACAAUAAUUGGUUCUGACAUAAUGCUUCGUGUUGCUCAUUUUAAGUGAGAAUUUCCUUCUUUAAUAAUUGUCAAUGAAAAGUUUUAAAGGCUUUUGAAUAAAGGCCUUGUGUGAGUGUUUUCUUG